AUGGCCGACGCCGACCUCUUUGACGGACUGCCGCUCGACUGCAUCUUCCUCGAGGGCAGUGGGCCGCCGCCCGCCGCCGCUGCGUCGCUCUCGGACCAGACGCUGCUCGACAGCGACGUGCCGGGCCCGUCGUCGCCCGCGCUGACGCCAAAGACCGAGAGCGACGACCUCCUGACGCCGCUCUCGUUCUCGUUCGUCCCGAGCGGACGCCCUGCGGCCGACGGCGGCGGCGGCCCCAGUUACCGCGUGGCGCCGCAGCACCGCCACAAGCGCGUGCGCUCGAAUCCCGACGUGCUGCGGGGGGUUACGGUGGCGCGCACGUCGCCACCCGACGGGCGGCUCGAGUUGGGGCCGCAGCUGCUGCCGGAGCUGCCACUGGGACCGGCGCCAGUGCCGUUCGCGCGACGCCCGACAGCGACUGCACCGGCAGCAGCCGCAGCGCCAGGAGAGGCGUUUGAAGAAAUGGACGCGUUCCUGCAGGAGAUGGCGUGGACGGAGCUCUACGCGAGUCACCAGCAGCAGCAGCAGCUGCAGCCCCACAUGCUCAGUGAGAGCGCUGCAGUGGCGGACGGGUUUAAUGGCUGGCCGUGCGAGGCGUCGCCCGUGGCGUACCGCUCGCAGCGUAUACAAGAAGGCGUGAAGGAGCUCAAGAUGAAGCGCAAGCGGCCCGCGAGUUACCACUUGCGACACCACUCGAACCCGAUCGACUUGCUGCACAAUUUGGACCAGUUUCGCAUGCUGGCGGACCAAACAAAGCAGAAACAAGAGCAGCAGCAGCAAGUGAUGCAGUCCCCACAACAGCAUCACAUGCAGCAGCAGCAGCACGUGCAGCAGCAGCAUCAGCACCAGCAGCAGCAUCAGCACCAGGUGCAGCAGCAACGGCAGUCGGAUCAGGCGUACCUCGAUGCGACUGCUGCCUUGCAAGACGCGUCGAUGUUUCUCGAGCCGUUGCAGCAGAACCUGCAGCAGUUUCAGUUCCAAGUGCCCUCUCCGAUUGCCAGCGGUGCUGUGCACUCACUGCAUGGCCGUCGGUCGUCGCUAGGCAGCACGUUGCCUCCGCGUGCCGCCGCGCGUCGACGUGGUGGUCCAAACCGCUCGUCCGGACUGUCGAUGGACAUGUCGCAAAUGAAUCUGGAAUUCCUCUCCGUGCCAGAGGAACCAAGCAUCAUCAGUGGCCUCAACCCGCAGGAGCUACCGGCGCAAAGCAGGACGAGUACCUCUGUCUCUUCAUUUGACAGCAAGAAGAUACUCGCUGACGACGCGAACCGGAAGAUGUACAAGUGCGGUCGCUGUGGGCAGCCCAAAGUGGGUCAUGUCUGCACAAUGCCCGACCAGCGCAACAACUGGACGCAGGUGGACUUUGAGGUCACGAAAGGCCUGAAGGGCAGCUCGCGCAGUAGCUGCCACGUAAUGACGGUGAAGAGCAAGUGGAAGCUGCUGAGCCUUUGA